ACAAAAACUUUUUUUGUUCCCCUUUACUUACUCUUCCUCCGCCGCGCCCCCGCUCGCUGUCUUCCUCCACCCCACCUUUUUCAGUCUCUUCCCCAGCCCACCACCCCUCCCCCCGGCUUUAUAUCCCCUCUUCCGACCCGCGCUUAUCUCUUCCUCCCUCACCGCCCCUUUCUCCUCCCUCCCCCCGAAACCCUCUCCCUGUCUUCCAUCCAUUAACGAGAAACAAAGGGCUCUAAACUUGGCAAAGUAUUAAAAAGAAGCUGCAUAUGUGUACUUGGUUGAAAUUUGGUAUAAUGGAGGUCGUGGACCGGGAGAAGAAGAAGAAGAUCAAUGACAUUGAUGAAGAAGAAGAUCACUAUGCUUCUGCGUCUGCUUCCAAGUCGCAAUUCAGGAAAGUGAUAUUGAAGGCUCACUGGAGUGAUGAGAUGGGCAUGGCCGAGGUUGUAGAUAAAAAGGGUACAAUUUGGAGGACCACGGGAAUUGUUCGUAGUGGCAAGCUCUAUUUCUUCAUUGAGGAAGUUUUGUUUUUGAUUGAAAUAGGGGCUUUGCUUCUCAUGGAUGAUGGUGAUAUCAGCCUUUCCUUGGAAGAUAUGUAUGUGAAGAUUUCAAAUGGAAAGCAUGGGUGCAGUUGGGAGGAAUUUCAAGCUUAUAGGCAACUCAAAUCUCUUGGUUACAUUGUUGGGCGGCAUGGUAUCCCCUGGUCUAUGAAGAGUGUGAAGAGUAAUCAUGAAUCUGUUUCUUGUCACGGUUGCCUUGAUAGCAAUGAGGAGGUGGACUUGGAUUUAGAAGAGUCUAGGUCUGUCAUUGGAUUGUUCAAUGAUAUGCAAAUUAAUGAAUCAAGGCUGGCAUUUGAUGUUUAUCUCCCAAACAGCAAGUUCAGGAAGUCUUCUCCUGGUGACCCAAGUUUUGUGCUCUGCUUUACCAGAGGUCAUCCACCACCCAAAGCAGACCUAGAAGCCCUCGAGAGACGAUGCGAUAACAUUCCCAUGAAAGUUUGUCAUGUGGAGGAGGGGGGUGUGAGUUUCUUUUCCUUUGACAAAGUGGAACUUCCCAUCCUACCUUGAUACCAGGAUUUGAUACUGCUUUAUACUACAUGAGUCGACGCAACACCAAAAACAUAUUAGCAUCUCUCUUGACUAAAAGCAUACUUGUAUUUUUCAACUUAGCUACUUAGUAUUACGGUUUAGUGGUAUUUUUCUUCACUUGUAAGUGAGAGGUUUAGGUUCAAUUAUUGCCAAAGGUAAAUUUGAACUA